GUAAAGUAUGGCGUCUGCUGAUCUCAGUGAGGAGCUAAACUGCUCUAUAUGCCUGAGUAUUUACACUGCUCCAGUAAUACUGCGCUGCGGACAUAACUUCUGCAGAGCCUGCAUUGCUAAGGUGCUGGAUUCCCAGGAGCAAUCUGGUGUUUAUACCUGUCCUGAAUGCAGAGAACAAUUUAAAAAGAGACCUGGGCUACAGAGGAACUGGAAGCUACACAGCAUUGUGGAGCAUGUUCAGCAAUUUAAAGAGAGACCUGUGCCGCAGAGGAACAUGCAGUUAGAUAGCACUGCAAAGCAUUUACAGACUUCACAUCUGAAACCAGACCAGCAUGGGAUUCUUUGCACUUACUGCAUCCACUCACCAGUGCUAGCCGCUAAAUCAUGUCUGAUGUGCGAGGCUUCGUUGUGUGAUGACCAUUUGAGGGUGCACAGCAAGUCCGAUGAGCAUGUCCUAACUGCACCCACAACUUCAUUUAAUAACAGGAAAUGUCCUGUACACAAUAAGUUCCUAGAAUAUUACUGCUCUGAGGAUAAUACCUGUAUCUGCGUUUCCUGCUCUCUGGCUGGGGAGCACAGAGGGCACCAGGUGGAAAUGCUUACCGAGGCUUCUGAGAAGAAGAAAAAUAAACUGAGAAAUGUUUUGGAGACACUGACAUUGAAGAGAGAGCAAAGUGAGAUCAAAGUCCAGAAUCUACAGAAGGACAGAAAAUCCUUGGAUGAGAAAUCAGCUGAUAUAACAGAACGUGUCACCUCCAUGUUUAAGGACAUGAGGGAACAGCUCGAAGUUCUUGAGAAGCAAGUUUUGAGUGAGAUCUCCAGGCAGAAGGAGCAAGCUUUAUGCCCAAUAGCUGAUCUGAUCCAGAACCUGAAGAAAGAGAAGGAUGAGCUGACCAGGAAGAUAAACCACAUUGAAGAGGUUUGUAGUGUAACUGAUCCAUUAACUGUCCUACAAGAACAGGAAUAUGAUAACUUUUCUGAUGCUGAGACGAAAAACUAUGAGGACACACAAACAGAUAUUAAAACAGCCCCUGCUGGAGGUGACUUAGAUGAGGAUCUGAUAUCUGUGACCUUACAUAGGCGCUUAGCAGAUAUUGUCACUGGUGUAAAAGUGAAGAAAGGUUUUCAUUUGCAGGAGGCUCCCGACCUAUUCCUCAAUGUUAACACAGCUGCAAAUUAUAUAGAGUUAUCUUCUGACUUGAAAACUGCAUCUUACCCAAUAGUGGAGAUCCAGCGACCAGUGAGCUCGGAGAGAUUUGAGUUUUGGCAAGUGUUAAGCACAAGGAGCUUUGCCUCCGGACAGCAUUACUGGGAAGUAGAAACAUGUGAAGCUAAAGAUUGCAUAAUAGGGAUGUCCUAUUCCAGUAUAGAAAGAAAAGGCAAACAGUCUAUUAUUGGCAAAAAUAGCAAGUCUUGGUGUGUUCAAUGGUGUGAUCCCAAGACGUAUCAUUACCGUAUAGCUACUAAGUAUAACAAAAGGUUUUCAGCUGCACAUGAUUCAGUAGAAAUACCUUUAAAGCCCAUCUUUUCCUGUCAGAGAUUUGCAAUAUUCCUUGACUAUGAAGCUGGGCGUCUGUCCUUCUACGAGCUUGGGGAUCCCAUCAGAUGCUUACACACCUUCACUGCAUCCUUUACAGAGCCUCUCCAUGCGGCAUUCUGGGUAAAUCCAAAGUGGUCACUGUGACCAGACCAAUCUCGCCACUGUGCAUUGGAGGGCCUGUUAUGGAACAUUCUUUGGGCUGGAGGUACAUGGGCUUAAGGAUACCCAGAGACUGCAUGGAAAUAUGGAAUUUUAUAUGCUGGACACCCCAUGUACUAUCAUAACUGUCUUAUGUCUAUGUCACCCUGUAUCCAUAAAUAAAGGAUGGGUACAGGGUGUGAGUGCACCUUGUGGGAGCAAUUGUGACUCUAUAAGCCAAGUGGGCAUAAAAUACUUUAUAGCUAAUAAGAACUGUUCCUAUAUUCUGUAAUAAGAUGUAUUUUAUUUACGUUUCAGAUCUGAUUGUGUCUCAGGAAUCUGUCUGGGUAAACUGAGUGUGUCCCUGUGUGAUUAUGUUAACUAGACUGCCCAACAUCAGAUUAUCUGAGUAAACGUUUUUCCCCAGUUAAUUAACUUAAUAUGUUAAUCUGUUUUACCUGUGAAUAGACAAUUGUUAGAGGUUUGAUGCAUUGUUCAUAUGUUUGCUUUACUGUUAAACCAAUGCCCUCUGUAACCUGAAGCCAGGGUGUAUAAAUAUGUGUGCUGCUUUUAAAUAAACUAUUCAUUUUGCUGAUAUCUGUUGGACCCUCA